CAUGUAAAGUUACUUAUACAGGAGAAUAUUAGAACAAUAAUAAAAUUGGUAGAUGGGAUACUAUAUAUUAAAAUAGAAUUAUGUAUAAAUCUUUAUGAAUAUAACUAUUAAUUAUAGUGGAAGUACUAAUUAUAAUUAAAAUGGAGUGAAAAAUGGAAAAGGAAUUGAAUUGAAUGAGAAUUUCUAUUAGUAUUAUAAAUUUCAAGAUUUUAAAGUUGUUGUUAAGUUGUAUACAUAGGAGAAUAUAAAAACAAUAUAAAGAUAGGUAGAUGGGAUACAAUUUAUUUAGAAAAUAAUAUAAUUAUGUAAUAAUUCUUAAUUAUUUAUUUAUAGUGGAGGAGGCAAUUACGAUAAUAAUGGUUUGAAAGAAGGCGAAUGGGUAGAUUUGCAUGAAGGAUAUAAUAUGUAAUUAAUAUGAAUAACGAAUUAGAUAUUAUAAAUAAAUUUAAUCAGGAACAUAUAAGAAUGGUAUUAGACAAGGUACAUUUAUAGAAUCAUUUUUAACUUGA